AUGGGGGCAACCCCUUUUCACCACUCCAUUCUUGAGGUCCGGCUACCGAAGCACUUCAAUAAGCAAACGGACAUGAGAUACAACGGGUCCCAGGGACCCCAGAAAAAUCUAACGGCCUUUGAGGCCAGGAUGAAUCUGGAAGGCUCUGUGACAACCUUUGCGGACAUAACCCGCGCUUUUCUGGCUCAGUUCACCACGCGUAUUGCCAAAGCGAAGCACCCGAUCAACUUGCUAAGGGUGACGCAGAGAAGCGGGGAACUGACCAGGAAGUAUUUGGAUAGGUUCAAUGAUGAAUGCCUGGAGAUUGACGGCCUGACCGACUCGGUGACCAACUUGUGUCUGACAAAUGGGCUGUUGAACGACGAUUUCAGAAAACACCUUACCAUCAAGCCCGUGAGAACGAUGCAAGAAAUCCAAAAUGUGGCUAGGAAGUACAUCAACGACGAGGAGGUUAGCCAAGUCAUGGCAGCCAACAAGCAGCAGCCCGCCUAUCACCCUGCUCAUCAGCUCGGUAACGGGAAAAGGCCUAAGGAGCACUCCAAGGACGGAGGGCCAACUAAAGCCUUCAAGCCGUUCCCCCGGGUAGGGAAGUUCACUAAUUACACUCCCCUGACAGCCCUGAUCGUCGAGGUGUACCAGCAGAUAGCCGACAAGGGCAUCUUGUCGAAGUCUCGCCAGCUCAAGGAUAGAAUUGGAGGGAACAAGAACCUUUACUGUGACUACCACAAGGGCUUCAGCCAUAAAACCCAAGAUUACUUCGACCUGAAGGAUGCUCUAGAGCAGGCGAUCCGGGAAGGUAAGCUGGCGGAGUUCUCUCACCUCAUAAGAGAACCCAAGAGACGAGAUCGCGACCGAUCUGAAGACGACAGGAGCCACGCCAUGAGACCAAGGCACGAACCCGACGAGGACAGUGAACGCGACAAAAAAGAUGCCAAAAUCUUGGCAGUAUCAUCAUCUAGUCCUGUGCCUUCCUCUAGGAGAGUCUCGACAAUAUCAUAUGGACCAGAGGACCAGUGGUUCCACGACGUACCGGAGAACCCCUCCAUGGUGAUCACGGCAGGAGUGGAAACUUGA